UCAAUGGUUUUGGCAGGGCUGUGCCGCGGCUCGGUAUAAAUUCCACCUCCCGGCCCCAGCCCCUCACUGGCUCAAGCAGGCAGCAGACAACCCAGCUUAUGAUGGCUUCCGAGCACCAAAUGCCAGCCUCCAAGCAGCAGCAAGCCAGCUCCAAGAUUGCCAUCUUCGAGCAGGAGAACUUCCAGGGCCGCUGCCAUGAGCUCAGUGGUGCCUGCCCCAACCUGAAGGAAGCUGGCGUGGACAAAGUGGGCUCCAUCCUGGUGCACUCUGGACCCUGGGUGGGCUACGAGCAGGCAAGCUGCAAAGGGGAGCAGUUUGUGUUUGAGAAGGGGGAGUACCCCCGCUGGGACUCCUGGACCAACAGCCGGAGAAGCGACAGCAUCACUUCCCUGAGACCCAUCAAAGUGGUGAGAGCACCCAGACAGCCACUACCCACCCGCCAGACCAAGGACAGCCAGGAGCACAAGAUCGUGCUGUACGAGAACCCCAGCUUCACUGGCAAGAAGAUCGAGAUCAUCGACGACGAUGUGCCCAGCUUCCAUGCCCACGGCUACCAGGAGAAGGUCUCCUCCGUGCGGGUGCAGAGUGGCACGUGGGUGGGAUACCAGUACCCCGGCUACAGGGGCUACCAGUACCUGUUUGAAAAGGGGGACUACAAGGACAGCUCAGAUUUCGGCGCCCAGCACCCCCAGAUCCAGUCGGUCAGGCGCAUCCGGGACAUGCAGUGGCACCAGCGUGGCGCUUACCACCCCACCAACUAGAGCCCCCUGCCCGCGCUGGGGUGCGGGGAGCGGAGCGAGCGCUCCCCCCCGGCCGCCGCUCACCCCCGCGGCCUCGCCUCCCACCUCCCGCCGUGUGAUGCCCGCCGCUGCCAAAGCAACUGAAUAAAAGCUUGGAGUUUCAAA